AUGGCACAACAAUCAUUAAAAGUUAAAAAGAAUACUUCAAAUAAACAAACUAAACAAUCAAAAGUUGGUAUCAAUAAGAAGAGUAAAUCAAAGUCACCAUUGGAAAUCGCCAAGAAGAAGAUCUCAAAGAAAUUGGAAAUCAACAUUGCUAACAAGAUUGAGAGUGAAAUGAAAGCACGUGUCACCAAGAACAAUGGAAAGCUAUCUGUUUUGAAGUCCGAACAACCAAAACAAAAGAGAGUUAAGAAGAAUCAUUAA